AUGAGUGAUGAUGACAUUGAAGAUGCAAUGGAGCUUGCUGCACAACUCGGAUUUAAAGAUGUUUACUUCCUUUUCCGCAAGAAAGGCCAUAAAUUACAAGAUCAUCUUGCCCACAAAGCAUAUUUUGGAGGUUGUUCCGAAAUCAUUGCAGACAUAAAGGCCAAAAUAACAGUUACAGAAGAUAUGAUGCGCGAAAUCAUUGAAAACCACUAUGUAGUUGCAUAUCGAUUACUUUGCCAACACAAUGAAGAUCUAGAAUUCUCAUGGACAUCAUGUUUGAAGUCAUACAACUACAAAUUCUUCUUCCAGAAGAUGUUUACUACAUAUAGUUUUGCUAAAUGCGACAAAUUUGGCAAAAAUAUUGUUGUUGAAGCUGCCAAGUAUGGAACCAAAGAAUUGGUUCAGUUGUUAAUUGAUUGUGGUAUUGAAUACGAUAUUCCAAGCAAAGAUACAAACCAUACAGCCUUCAUUGAAGCACUUUUGAACAAAAAACUUGACAUUGCAGAAUUACUUGCAAGAAAAGGUGCAACAAUCGAUACUAAAGAUGAAACAAACACAACACCUUUGAUGAUUGUUUGCGAACAAGACAAUGCAGAAGUCGCAACAUUCCUUUUAGAUAACAAUGCAAACAUUGAUGCAGCAGAUUUUGAAGGAAAAACUUCUUUGAUGAGAGCAAUUGCGAAAAGAGCUUUGAAGACUGUUAACCUGCUUAUCACACGUCAUGCAAGUGUUAAUGCUGUCGACAAACAAGGAUUAACUGCAUUGCAUUAUAGCUGCAAGUUUGGAUAUGCUGAAAUCACAAAACUUUUAAUAGAUAAUUAUGCCAAAAUUGAAUUGGCAGAUUUUGAUGGUUACACACCAAUAUUCCACGCAUGUAUGAGCAAUGAUAUCAACACAGUUCAGAUACUGUUAGAAAAUGGUGCAGAAGUCAACAAAAUGGCACCAAAUGGAGAAUUCCCACUGAGAAUAUCAAUUGAACAGAGAGACCAAAUGUCAGCAUCGUUAAUCAUUAAUUCAGGAAUUAGAAUUGACUACCAAACAGCUGAGCAACUCCGAAAUUUAGCAUAUCAUAAUGAACUUAUUAUCAUUGGUGAUCAAAUUGCAAGACUUUUCCAAGGUUAUUAA